AUGCCGCGUCGCAACAACAACGGAAGAGGGACCACCAGCAGCGACGGCGGCAGCGACGCCGCUGCCCCUGCCACUUCCGCGGCACCGGCGCCUAGCGGUCCCUUCGGCGAUGCCGCCGGGCGUGGUGGGCCAGCAGGCACGGAGCGGCACCGUCCGUCUUCUCCCGGCCGCAGUGAUCACGGGCCAGGGGCCUCUGCAACUCCGAUGCCGUACGCUGGUAGAGCCCGAAGACAGCCUGCCGGCGGUGGCGGCGGUGGUAAUUCGCGGCAGUCGGCGAGACAUCACGGUGGUGCGAACGACGCUGGAUUGAGCGCGGGGCUUCCUCGAGCAGGCGCAGCCGGCGGCGGCUGCGGUAGCGGGGGUGAUGGUAGUGACGGCAAUGCCGGGACGAACGCCGUCGUCGUACGUGACGAAGACGCCGCCGCCGCCGCCGCCGCCGCUACCGAUGCUGGGGAAGGAGGCGAUAGGGUGGCAGCGGCGGGGUCAUCGAGCGGGGAGGAGGGCGGCGAAGUCGGGUUCGUCGCGGCCCCGCGGGCGGAAGGCCUGACCGGGGACGACUUCCAGUGCAACAUUUGCUGGGAGAUGCUGGCGAGGCCGGUCACCCUGGCGUGCGGGCACACCGCGUGCGAGUCGUGCAUGGCGAAGUACCUGCGGGCACAGGCUCAGGCUCAGGCUCAGAUCGGGAACCUUCGCGCCAACCGCAUUUCGUGCCCCGCGGGGUGUCAGCGCAUGAUCCCCCUGGUGCUACCUGAAGUGACGACCAUGGUGCAGAAGCUGCUCACGAGAGGAUUUCCCAGCGCCUACCGGGAGCGCCUCCAGGAGACUGAACCCGAGCGCGCGCUCGUAUCACAGGUGCGGCGCAUUGCAGACGAUGCUGCGGCCGAAUCGCGCAGACGAAGACGUCGACCUCACCAUCACGGCCACGGUGGGAUUGGGGGCGCGGUCGGAGGCGGGGGGGCCGGCGGAGGGCUCGGAGGGGUGGCUAGGGAGGUCGUGGGUUUCGGCAACGUGCCCCCCGGGUUUAUGCAGGGGCUGCACGGCCAGCAGAACGCGGCACGAUUUCGGAGCCUUGCUUUCUGGCGUAAAAACAACGAACCCGCGGUGACCGUCACAACGUCCGCAUCCGGACACCAGUGCGUCGCAGGGGGGGGCGCGGGGGAUGCCGGUUCGGGUGACUGCAGCGUUGCCAACGAUGGCGCUGAAAAGGGUGAAUUUGCCGAGGUUUCCUCUGAGGAGGGCGGCGGCGGCGCUUGGUGUUGGCUGUUUUCGAUGGAGAUGAAUGUUCAGGAGUACAUCGCGCACAACCGUUGGAACGCGCUCCGGUCCUUCCACCCUUCCACCAGCCCCUGGUCCGGCCCGCUUUUCCUCUACCUCGAGGACCCGGUACUAUUGACCCCUUCCUCCUCCUCCUCUUCUUCUGGCGCGCAAGCAACAUCAUCAUCGUCGUCCGUUGCUUCGAAGAAGGGGCCCCGUGUGGGUGGGGAUGGUAGCAGUGAUUCCGCGUCUCCCCCCUCGGGGUGGCUCUCCACGCUGGCGUGGCCGGUGACGUACUCCCUUCGGAAGAUCGGGGUCUUGUCCUCACCGGCCAACACUUCGGAAGACUCUUCUGGAAACGACGACGGUGCUUCUGUGGCGGCGGCAGGCGAAGCAGCGGGAGGGAAUGGGAGUGGUGGCGGCGGCGGUGUUAGCGACGGUGACCGCCAUGAGUGCGGCCACGCUUCCGUCGACGGCGGCGGCGGCGGCUGCUGCGGCGAAGACAACGAAGUCUGCUGGCGAGAGGGGAAAAAGGCGCCCGAGGAGGUUUCCUCUCCCGCCGAAAGAUUCUCCGCCGAAAGUUACUCCGUCGAAAGUUCCUCCGCAGACGCCGGCAGCAGCGGCGCGGAAGGGGCAGCGGGCGAGCCGCAGCAGCAGCGGCGGAUCUUCCUGGAGUUCUUUGGGCCCGUGGUGGGGGUCUUCGCGGCCCUUGGGCUCCCGGCGUGGCUGUCGGAACUCUUGACGGUGGUGGCGGCGCAGCUGUGUCCUCUGCUUGCGGCGAUGCCUCUGCUUCGCCUCAGCCCUCGGAGCACGAAGGGUGCCGAAGGUGAUAGCGCAGACGAUCUGGUGUCCCUCGACUUCUCCCUGGACCUGGCGAUCUACGCCGUUUUCACCCUGGCCAUCGCUACGGUCACCCUGUGGCGGUUCACGUGGAAGACCUUUAAGAGGGACCAGCCUCGCAGCCGAACGCUCAAGCUGCUUCUCACCGCGGCGGCGUCCCACCUCGUUCGGGAAGUGGUGAUGAUAAAGGUGGCAUUCCCGAUCAUCGAGCACCUGCUGUUCCACUACGUGCUGCAGUGGCGGAGGAGGUACCUCUUGACGUGGUUGGCGCUGUCUAUUCGCGUCUUCAUAAUCAGACUGCUUGCUUGUCUGCGCGUGGCGCUACUCAUGGCGACUCCCUUCGUGCCUCGCGGCUUGCUCCACACGCUUGAAGGGGUGUGGUGCCACCUCUUCACCUACCUCCUGCUGGGCACACGCUUCUUCAACACUUUUUUCGUCGGUGACGGUCCUAGGCGGCACGUCGGGGGGCGCGCCGCCCGCCGCUGGGUCCGCGCGAUGAGAGAGGCGAGGGCCGGGGCGGCGAGAGCCAACGUGCCCAUGGCCAACCUCGCGGCCAUUCCCAACUUCCCGCCCCUCCCCCCCCACCGGGCAGGCGCCGCCGCUGGCGCUGCUGCGGCUGGUGCUGAUGCCGGUGCAGACGCUGCCGCGCCGCCUGCCGCCGCCGGCGACGCCGGCGACGGCGACGGCUCGAGCCAACGGCAACGGCAACGGCAACGGCAACCCGCGGGGUGGCGGUGCCGAAGUCGGCGGUGA